AUGGUGACGCCAAUCGACGACGUUAUUGACCAGGUCGACAACACGCUGUGCGCCGCUUGCUUCGACGCAAUCUACUGCGCCAUCAACAACAAGCUGCUGCAGUGGCUGGUGGAGAAGAAUGUGUCCUGCCCGAUCUUCGUCACAUGGAUGAUAGCGGACCACAACGGCAACGAUGAAUUGCGCGGAUGCAUAGGCACAUUAUCACCCGUGCCGAUCAGCCAAAUAGGGCACUACGCCAAGAUGAGCGCCUUCGAGGACACCAGAUUCCCGCCUAUCUCGGGCGACGAGUUGCCGCGGCUCAUGUGCGGCGUGUCACUGCUGCACACGUACGAGGCGGCCGCUAACCCCCAUGACUGGGAGAUCGGGAAGCACGGCGUCAUCGUCAAGUUCGAGCAAAACGGCAGGCAAUACUCGGCGACGUACCUGCCCGAAGUCGCGGAGGAGCACAAUAUGUCACGCGAGGACGCGGUGAAGCAGCUUGUGCGCAAGGCUGGUUACAGGGGCGCGCUCAGCCAGGAGCUGCUGUCGUCAGUCAAGGUCACCAGGUACCAGAGCAAGAAACUCAAGCUCUCGUUCCGCGAAUACGCAUCGCUCGAACACGACGGUGAAUCGGAGCAAUAA